CAGUAUCCAAUUGUUGCUGCUGGCAGAAUUUUCACUUUUAUUUCGUAGUUUUAUCUCUUUGCUUGUUUCUUUCCUGAAACUGUCAAUCAAUAUCAUAGUUAAUAUUGAACUUGUUGUUAAUAACUAAUAUCCCAAUCCCUCAAUACAUUUUCCCAUACUUAUACACAAAAAUGGAUGCCGAUUCAACUAACAGAUUUGUACCUGAACAUCGUCGUACUCAAUUCAAAAACAGUGGUAGAUUUGGUUCUGAAGAAUUACGUCGUCGUCGUGAAAAUCAACAAGUCGAAUUAAGAAAGCUCAAAAGAGAUGAAACUUUAGCCAAAAGACGUAAUUUACCUGAGCUUGCUUCAAAUAAUGAGUUUGUAGAUUCUGACGAUGAUUCCGAUAAUGAAAACAAUAAUAAUUUAACUGCCGCCAAUAAUGGCAACGAUAACGAUGACCAAGUCUUUUUGUUUGAAUUGGAUAAGGAAUUACCAAAAAUGAUGGAACAAAUUCGUUCUGAUAACUUUGAUUCUCAAUUAGCUGCUACAACAAAAUUUAGACAAAUCUUAUCAAGAGAAAAUAAUCCUCCAAUUGAUUUAGUUAUUGAUACUCAAGUGGUUCCAAUCUUAGUUGGUUUCAUGCGUGACCAGCCAGAAAUGCUUCAAUUAGAAGCUGCUUGGGCUUUAACCAAUAUUGCUUCUGGUACCUCAGAACAAACUAAAGUUGUUGUUGAAAAUGGCGCUGUUCCUUUAUUUGUCCAAUUAUUAUACUCAAGCUCUUUAGACGUCAAAGAACAAGCCAUUUGGGCUUUAGGUAACGUUGCUGGUGAUUCCGCUAAUUACAGAGAUUUUGUUCUUAGUUGCAACGCAAUGCCCCCUGUUUUAGCUUUAUUUGAUAUCUCAAAGAAUACUCUUACAAGAACCGCAACUUGGACUCUUUCAAAUCUUUGUAGAGGCAAAAACCCUCAACCCAAUUGGUCUUUUGUAUCUGCAGCCUUACCAACCUUAGCUAAAUUGAUCUACUCUUUAGAUGUUGAAACUCUUAUUGAUGCUUGUUGGGCAAUCUCUUAUCUAUCUGAUGGUCCAAGUGAAGCAAUUCAAGCUGUUAUCGAUGCAAGAAUCCCAACUAGACUAGUUCAAUUACUAAACCAUGAAUCUCCUUUAGUUCAAACUCCAGCUUUAAGAGCUGUUGGUAACAUCGUCACUGGUGAUGAUAAACAAACUCAAGUUGUCAUCAAUUGUGGUGUCUUGGAUGCUCUUUUACCUCUUUUGUCCUCUCCAAAGGAAUCCAUUAGAAAAGAAGCCUGUUGGACAAUUUCAAAUAUCACUGCUGGAAAUACUGACCAAAUUCAAGCCGUUAUUGACGCCAAUUUAAUUCCUCCUUUAAUCAAAUUAUUAGACUCCUCUGGUGAUUAUAAAACAAGAAAAGAAGCUUGUUGGGCUAUAUCAAAUGCCUCUUCUGGUGGUUUAACCAAACCCGAUCAAAUCCGUUACUUAGUAUCUCAAGGUUGUAUUAAACCAUUAUGUGAUUUGUUAGCUAUAGCUGAUAAUAAGAUCAUAGAAGUCACUUUAGAUGCCUUAGAAAACAUCCUUAGAAUGGGCGAAAUGGAUAAAGAAGCCUCGGGUGAGUCAAUAAAUAGAUUCUCAGUUUUCAUCGAAGAUGCUGGUGGAAUGAAUAAAAUCUUUGAAUGUCAAAGAAACGAAAACGAAAAGAUUUACCGAAAAGCUUAUGACAUAAUCGAUAAAUAUUUCCAUGACGAUGAUGCUGUUGAGCUUAAUAAUGAAUUAAGUCCCCAAGUCCAAGGUGACACCUUUGCCUUUGGUACUAAUAAACCCGCUCAAGGUUUUGGCUUUUAAUCGGUUAACUUAAAUUAAGAGAAAAAGAAGAAGAAAACAAAAAAAAUAAAAAAUAAAAAA